UUCUGUCAGUGCUGAUUUGAAGGUGGUACGUUUCACCGGAAGUUAACAGUCAUUCUGGUUGUGUCCUUGUUAGCUAACGAGCUAGUUAGCUGCCAUAACAGGCAAGCAAAUGUGUCCCAUUUGGAAAGAUGAAUUGAACCGUACCUAAAGAGUGAAUUUGGAAGAAAUCUGUGUUUACCUGCUGUUGACAACAGCACCAUGUUACGAGUCGGAAGUAAAGCUGCCUGCAUGGCCUGCAGAAGCCUGGUCUCCACCAACAUGGGGGUGAGAUUUCGGGUACCACUGCAGAAGCUGCACCCCCUGUCCCGUGCCAUCCAUCACCGCUACUCGGGGAACACCAACCCUCAGCGGGUCCCUCAUCGCACGGCAGCACGCUAUUUUACCUCCAUGUCACGGUUGCCCAUGCGACCUCCCAAGCCUCCUCCAGGGUCAGGGGGCCGUAGCUACCAACAGCAACGCAAUUUCUGGGUGGCCCGCCUCGCUGCCCGGCUCCUAAAGCUCCGUUACAUUCUGCUGGGCUCUGCAGUGGGAGGAGGCUACACAGCUAAAAAGACAUAUGAUGAAUGGAAGGACAUGCUGCCUGAUUUUAGUGAAUACAACUGGGUCAUUCCUGAUUUUGUCUGGGAACUGAGUGAACAAAUUGAUCUUGACAAACUGGCCAAAGCUCUACCAGAGAUGGAGGAAAUAGCCAAACUACUACCUGACCUAGACAAGAUAGGAGAGAACUUCACUUUUCUCAAAAGUCUCCUGUCUUCUGGUGUGAGUUUGGGUAGUGAAGUCAAAGGAGCUUCUGGUCUGCAUCUGUUGUUAGAAACCUCAGGCGAUCCUUCACUAAAAGCCACAGAUUCUUCUGCUGCAGCCGCGCAAGAUGGCAGUGAUAAACAAUACAAAAAGCAGGGUCUGCUUGGCGAGCUCAUUCUAAUUCAGCAGCAGAUCCAGCGGCACGAGGAGGAGGUCCGGCGGGCCGCAGCAGCCAAUAAUGCGCGUCCCCCACCGCCAGAGCCUGCUCCCAGUCCGCCUCCGAACCCCAGCCCCCCUCAACAGAAACGCAAGUCAUCAGACAAAGAAAAGAUAGACCAGCUUCAGGAAGACCUGCUCCGUACACAGCUAAAAUAUCAGCGCAUGCUGGAGAGGCUGGAGAAGGAGAACAAAGAGUUAAGGAAAGUGGUGCUGCAAAAAGAUGAUAAGGGAAUUCACCAAAGGAAAGUGAAGAAAUCCCUUAUUGACAUGUAUUCUGAAGUCCUGGACAUCUUGUCUGACUAUGAUGCCAACUAUAACACCCAGGACCACUUGCCCAGGGUGGUUGUCGUUGGGGACCAGAGUGCUGGAAAGACCAGUGUGCUGGAGAUGAUAGCCCAGGCCAGGAUCUUCCCCAGGGGCUCAGGAGAGAUGAUGACCCGCUCUCCUGUCAAGGUAACACUAAGCGAAGGUCCCCACCACGUGGCCAUGUUUAAGGACAGUGGCCGAGAAUUUGACCUCACCAAGGAGGAGGAUUUGGCUGCACUGAGGCAUGAGAUUGAGCUGAGAAUGCGAAAGAGUGUGAAGGAGGGACAGACAGUCAGCUCUGAGACAAUAUCCUUGAGUGUCAAAGGCCCUGGCAUCCAGAGGAUGGUGCUCGUUGACUUACCAGGUGUCAUCAGUACGGUGACUACAGGCAUGGCAUCAGAUACUAAGGAAACCAUCUUCAGCAUCAGCAAAGCCUACAUGCAGAACCCCAAUGCAAUCAUCCUCUGUAUUCAGGAUGGCAGUGUGGAUGCUGAGCGGAGCAUUGUAACAGACUUGGUUAGCCAGAUGGACCCCCAGGGGAAGAGGACCAUCUUUGUCCUGACGAAGGUGGAUUUGGCUGAAAAGAACUUGGCCAGUCCGAGCAGAAUCCAACAAAUAGUGGAAGGCAAGCUUUUUCCUAUGAAGGCCCUGGGUUACUUUGCUGUUGUCACAGGAAAAGGGAGCAGCGGUGAAAGCAUAGACUCUAUUAAAGACUAUGAGGAGGACUUCUUCCAGAACUCCAGAUUACUGAGGGACGGCAUGCUGAAGGCCCACCAGGUGACUACAAAGAACUUGAGUCUGGCCGUCUCUGACUGCUUCUGGAAGAUGGUUAGGGAGUCUGUUGAGCAGCAGGCCGAUGUCUUCAAAGCAUCUCGGUUCAACCUGGAGACAGAAUGGAAGAACAACUACCCUCGUCUGAGAGAGCUGGACAGGAAUGAACUCUUCGAAAAGGCCAAAAAUGAAAUCUUGGAUGAAGUCAUUAGUUUGAGUCAAGUGACCCCACAACACUGGGAGUCCAUCUUGCAGAAGAAGCUGUGGGAACGUGUUUCCACCCAUGUGAUUGAGAACAUAUACCUACCUGCUGCCCAAACAAUGGACUCCGGUACCUUUAACACCACCGUAGACAUCAAACUGAAGCAGUGGACUGACAAGCAGCUUCCACACAAAGCAUUGGAGGUUGCCUGGGAGACACUGCAGGAAGAGUUUGCCCGCUUCAUGGCUGAAUACAAAGGCAAAGACCAGGACGACAUUUUUGACAAGCUGAAAGAGGCUGUGAAGGACGAGAGCAUCAAGAGGCACAAGUGGAAUGAGAGGGCCAUGGACAGCCUGAGGGUGAUCCAGCACAAUGCCCUGGAAGACCGUUCCAUCACAGACAAACCCCAGUGGGAUGCAGCCAUCCAGUUCAUGGAGGAAACCCUGCAGUCACGUCUCAAAGACACUGAGUCAGUAAUCAGAGAUAUGGUGGGUCCAGACUGGAAGCAGAGGUGGCUGCACUGGAAGAAUCGUACACCAGAACAGCACAUUCGUAAUGAGACGAAAAAUGAGCUGGAGCGCUUGCUGAAGCUGCACGAUGACCACACGGCCUACUUGGCCAAUGAUGAGGUCACCACGGUCAGAAAGAAUCUGGAGGGACGAGGGGUUGAAGUUGACCCUGUGCUGAUCAAGGACACGUGGCACCAGCUGUAUCGUAGGCACUUCUUGCAAAACGCGCUGUCCCACUGUAACCUCUGCAAGAGAGGUUUCUACUACUAUCAGAGACACUUUGUUGACUCUGAGUUGGAGUGCAAUGAUGUGGUACUGUUCUGGAGGAUCCAGAGGAUGCUGGUCAUCACAGCCAACACUCUCCGACAGCAGCUCACUAACACUGAGGUGCGCCGGUUGGAGAAAAAUGUGAAGGAGGUGCUGGAUGACUUCGGGGAAGACUUGGAGAAGAAGAAACAGCUCAUCACUGGGCGCCGAGUUCAGCUGGCUGAGGACCUCAAGAAAGUUCGUGAGAUCCAGGAGAAGCUUGAAGCCUUCAUAGAAGCUCUUCACAAGGAAAAAUAAUAAAAAAACAGAACUAUUGAGAGUAAAUUUGUGGAUCACAGCAGAGAAACGCACUGAAUAAAGACAACUUAAUCUGUAAAUGACCGUCAUCACCUCCUGGCCCUGCUCCAUCACUCAUCUGAUUUUAAUACCCACCACUUGGCUUCCUCUCCCCCCUUGAUGCUGGAUGAGAUGGAGGGACAGUUUUCAAGCUCUUUCUUCCAUUUUCCUUUUUUUGUUUUGCUUUUGUCUUGCGAACUGUCCUGGGUUAACAGGGGGACUUCUGCACAGGAGCCCAAACACAGUCGGAACAGGAGGAAAAUGAGAAGCUUGCGCUGUGUUGUCAGACCUCUGACCUCUCAUUUUCAAUAAAUGAGAAUUGUGUACAUGUUUUUCUGCCCAGUUUUUUGUUUUCACUUUCUGCUGAUGCCGUCUGCGUAUGUGUGAUUACAGGAGUGUGUAUUCACUGGUGUGCGUAGAAAGAAACACCGUUGGCAGUGUUCCUGUUCCUAAUGGGUGAAACGGCCUAGAAAUUCAUACUUUUAUCUCACCUGGUGCUCCUAAAGUUUGCCUCUGUUUAACACUUACCAGUCGUAGCUCUUUCUAGCCGCACUGAGGAUCCAUAGCACUUAAGUUAUCUCUCCAAGCUGCAGCUGUACCCCUAAAUGACAUGUUCUCACAUAUAAUCCACUUCCUGGUUCAACACGCAGCUUCCCUCCCAUCGCUCUUCAUUGUAACACAGGAUACGAUCAGCUCUGAAAGUGCUGGAAACAAUAUUAUGUAUAGAUUCAUUUCUUAUUAAUUUCAUCUUUUGGGGGUUUAUUUGACAAUUUAUUUGCCAAAUGCACAUAGCUUACCUUUUUGUUCCUGUCUUUGUUUCUGUGUGUGAUGUUUGUACUUUCUUCAUUGUACAGCAACAUUUCAUCUAUACUCUGUAUUCCUGUGUUGUGACUGAUAAUUAUACAGCAUCCGAAAAAAGAGAUUGAAAAUGGAACUGAACAUAAAUUCGAGAUGUUUCCAGAUCAUUUAGAUAAAUUAUUAAACCAA